UUUGUACUCCCAUGCCAAGGUGGGCUGGCGUCGAUACGCACUCAGUUCUCCGUCGUGCUCUCUUUCUUCCACUCUCGAUCUAGGGUUAGGGUUAGGGUUAGGGUUUGCAAAUCUCAUCAGCUUCCAAAGAUCUGUAACAAUGGCGGACGAAGCAAACCGCACGGCGUUCGUUGAGCUACAGGGCCGCAUGAUAGAGACUACAGGAAAGCUGAAGCAGGUGCAGAAUCAGAUGCGUGCUAAGGAAGGCGAGAAGAAGCGCGCUUACCUAACACUGGAGGAACUUCGGCAGUUACCAGAUGAUACAAACACAUAUAAGUCUAUUGGCAAAGCGUUUGUUUUGGAGCCAAAAUUGCUCUUGUUGAAUGAGCAAGAGCAGAAGUUCAAGGAUAGUGAAACAGCUAUCUCCUCUUUGCAGACAUCCAAGGAGUACUUAGAGAAGCAGUUGGCAGAGGUGGAGAACAACCUGCGAGAAUUACUGCAACAAGAUCCUGGUCUUGCACGACAGAUAAUGUCAAUGACUGUGAUGUAAUUCUGUCCUUGCAGAAAUUAACUGGAUGAUUUAUGUAUCCAACUAGUAUUUGUAUUCAAAGCUGUUUUUUUUUAUACCAAAUUAUCCCGAGAGAAAUUAUUGUUUUGCAUUAACAUUAUACUCUGUUUAUAUAGGCAGACCGACUAUUUUUUACCUUCUGGAAGAAUCUCAAGUUUAAUAUCA